UCCACGCGCGUGGUUACGUACUCCGUUGCAUCGCGCGUGUACGUCCUACGUGAAAAACUCGGCAGCGUAACGACGACGGAAUCGUCGCAUGGCCGCCUCCUGAGGGGCAACGCCGAGCGUGCGGUGUGCGCCGAUCGAGUGCCUAACCUAACCGAGACUGGCCGUUCUCGCUUGACAGACAGUGGACGCGUCGCAGCCGAAGGCCAUAAGAAUGGCGGGAUCACCGGUGCUGGAUAACAAAAGCGGACUGGAAGAGGUGGACGAGAGCUCCUUCAGCGUCUUGGACUUCCUCUUGCUCGGUGCACUCCUCGUGGGCGCAAUAUGGUAUCUCAUAUGGAGAAGGAGCAAACGGGACGAUUGCGACACGUCCGCACCGAAGUCAUAUUCCAUCCAACCGACGUCCUUCGUGGCGACGCCACCAUCUGAGAACUCCUUCAUAAAGAAGCUCAAGUCGUCCGGGCGCAGUUUGGUGGUGUUCUACGGCAGCCAGACCGGUACCGCCGAGGAAUUCGCGAGUCGCCUCGCCAAAGAGGGUAUCAGAUACAAGAUGAAAGGCAUGGUGGCCGAUCCCGAGGAAUGCGACAUGGAGGAGCUGGUGCAUCUGAAAAACAUCCCGAAAAGUUUGGCGGUGUUCUGCAUGGCAACGUACGGAGAGGGCGAUCCCACGGACAACUCGGUGGAGUUCGUCGAAUGGCUCAAAACAGGCGACGCCGACCUCACCGGACUAAAUUACGCGGUCUUCGGACUCGGUAACAAGACCUACGAGCAUUAUAAUGAGGUUGCUGUGCAAAUGGAUCACAGACUGGAGCAGCUGGGCGCUACGCGCGUGGUCGAGAUGGGCCUCGGGGAUGAUGAUGCCAACAUAGAAGAUGACUUUAUCACGUGGAAGGACAAGUUCUGGCCGACUGUGUGCACUUUCUUCGGCAUCGAAGGCGCCGGCGAGGACGUGAAUAUCCGGCAGUACAAGCUGACGGAACACUUGGAUCUGCCGGCCGAUCGUAUUUACACCGGAGAGUUAGCUCGUCUGCACUCCUUCCAAAAUCAGAGACCGCCUUUCGACGCGAAGAAUCCUUUCUUAGCCCCGGUCAAGAUAAAUCGCGAGCUGCACGGCUCGACAUCCGAGAGAUCCUGCAUGCACAUCGAGUUCGACAUCGAGGGCUCCAAGAUGCGUUACGAGGCCGGCGAUCACCUGGCCGUCUAUCCUGUCAACAGCGCGGAGUUGGUUAAGAAAAUUGGCGAACAGUGUAACGCCGAUCUGGAUACCAUCAUCACUCUUACAAACACGGACGAGGAGUCCUCGAAGAAGCACCCGUUCCCUUGUCCCUGCAGCUACAGGACCGCGUUGACGCACUACCUCGACAUCACCAGCAACCCUCGUACGCACAUCCUCAAGGAGUUGGCCGAGUACGCCACUGAGCCUGAGGACAAGGAGAAGCUGAAGCUGAUGGCGUCCACCAGCGUGGAGGGUAAAGCAGCUUAUCAGCAAUGGGUGAUCCAAGAGAAUCGCAAUAUCGUGCACAUCCUGGAGGACAUUCCCAGCUUGACACCGCCGUUGGAUCACCUGUGCGAGAUCCUACCGCGAUUACAGUGUCGCUACUACUCGAUAUCCUCGUCCCCGAAGCUCCACCCUACUUCGAUCCACAUUACGGCAGUGGUGGUGGAGUACGAGACCCCGACCGGCAGGGUAAACAAGGGCGUUACGACCAGCUGGCUGAAAGAGAAGCAUCCCUCCGACCCGCCCUGCCUCGUCCCGAUCUUCGUGAGGAAGUCGCAAUUCCGCCUGCCGACGCGCCUAUCCGUCCCGAUCAUCAUGGUCGGCCCGGGCACCGGAUUAGCGCCGUUCCGAGGCUUCAUCCAAGAACGAGACCUGGCGAAAAAGGAAGGUAAAGAAGUCGGCGACACGAUACUCUACUUCGGCUGUCGAAAAAGCGAGGAGGAUUUCCUGUACGAGGUGGAAUUGAAGAAAUACGUGCAGAGCGGAUCUCUGACGUUACACACCGCAUUCAGCCGGGAACAGGCCGAGAAGGUCUACGUCACGCACCUGCUCGAGAAGAACAAAGCGGAGAUAUGGCGAGUGAUCGGCGAGCAAAACGGACACAUUUACAUCUGCGGAGAUGCGAGAAAUAUGGCGCGCGACGUGCACAACAUACUGGUCAAGGUGGUUAUGGAGGAAGGGAAGAUGAAGAACAUCGACGCUAUUGAUUAUAUCAAGAAGAUGGACGUGCAGAAGCGGUACUCGAGCGACGUCUGGAGUUGAGCAGUGACCCGUAUUGAUACCAUAGAAAAAGCACAAUUUUCGUCGAAACCCGGGAAUUGAGUUCCGGCUCAAUUCGUCAGAAUGUCAGGACGCUCGGCAAUCGCACGUUACACGAGGUCACUCGACUUAUCUUCGUCCUGCCAAAUGAAACAAUCGUAGUUCAAUUAAUAACGCGCGACAACUUGUACCGUUGUCUUCCCUAAAAUUCGCACGCAAGAUUUUUCAACAAACGGUGCGUUCAGGGAGCGAGUUAUCGACGCUAAAGCGUCCUUCUAUCUUUAUCACUCAUUAGAUAUAAAAUAAGGGUAGAAGGACGCUUUAGCACUGACUUAGCGCUUCCCGAACAUACUUUUAAUCGUACAUUUUCGUCAUUAUGUAUAGCUAAUUGUUUAAAUCAAAUUGAAGAAAUGCCGAUUUCUUAUUAGAGAGAAAAUGUAUAAUUUGUAUAAAAAUAUAUCUCCGUAAUGUUUCUAA